AUGUUGAUUCACAGCGAUGCUCUGUUUGAUUACGCCAAACAAGUGAAGAAUUUGGGGAGCACUUUAUUCGAGCUGCUCUCGGAAGCUCUUGGGCUCAAACCGAGCUACUUAACUGAUAUAAAGUGCAACCAAGGACAGAUCAUACGCUGCCACUAUUACCCUCCGUGCCCGCAGCCUGAACUUGCCAUCGGGACAAGUCGGCAUUCAGACUCUGGCUUCCUCACCAUACUUCUCCAAGACGAAAUUGGCGGCCUACAGAUCCUCCAUGAGGACCGGUGGGUAGACAUCACGCCGACACCUGGAGUGUUCAUUGUCAACAUCGGCGAUCUUGUACGGUUGAUCCCUAACGACGGGUUCAGGAGUGUGGAGCAUAGGGUGGUGACAAAGAACACCGUGCCGAGGGUCUCAAUCGCGUGCUUCUUCAGCACACAUUUCCACCCUGCCUCUACCAGAAUGUACGGUCCGAUCAAGGAGCUGCUGUCCGAUGAGAACCCGCCGCUGUACAGGGAGACCCUCGCCAGAAAUUACAUCAAACAUUACUACUCCAUCGGGUUAGAUGCGAAAACUACUAUCUCUGAUUUCCGGCUGUGA